ACCUUUUUAAUUCCCACAAUCCACCGCGGUCUUCCACAUUUGAGCUCUGAGUGUCAAGCCCAAGAUGUCGCUCCACCGGUUAUUCCAGCUCUCCUCCGUGCUGCGCUCCGCGCUGAGCCUCACGCUGCGUAGGAACAUCGGCAUCUCUGCGGUGGUCUUCAACAAGGCCAAGGAGCUCGACCCCGUGCAGAAGCUGUUCCUGGAUAAGAUCAGGGACUACAACAGCAAGAGCAAGGCUGCUGGAGGCAUCGUGGAUGCAGGUCCUGCUUACCAGAAGAACAUGUCCGACGAGGUCGCCAAGCUGCAGAGGCUAUACGGAGGAGGAGACCUCACCAAGUUCCCAGACUUCAAAUUCCCCGAGCCAAAACUUGACGAAGGCGCCAAGUGAAGGACGUGCAUGUUGCAGAUCUCCUACAUGUCAGAAAUAUGUUGUAUUUAAUAAAAGCGUGGAGUGAAAGAUGA